AUGAAAAGCAAGCGAACUACAAAAAUCAAGUUCUUGACGUUCACUUUAAAGAGAUUAAAAUUUCAUUGCACUACGGAAACAAUGUACAAUGAUAUCGCACAAUGUAAUACCAGGAGGGAUGGAACUUGCAAUGGCAUGUUCUAUAAUGAACUCAGUAACGGGUUAAUCACAGAAGUGUGA